CCCAUUGAGAACCCCAAUCAGAAAGGCGCUAAAAAUCCAGCCGUCAAAACACAAACCACCGAUUUGUUAUUUUUUUUUCUGUCCUUAACUUAUUGUUUGUGUCAUUUUCAUUAAUAGUCAACCAUGUCACGUGUCACCAUUGAGGAGAAACGAGUUCGUAUGUUGGAGAUUUUCCACGAGUCAUUGGACGUGUUCGAAUUAAAGCAGCUGGAGAAAAUUGCGCCGAAGAAGAAGGGAAUCGUUGUCGGCUCUGUCAAAACUGUCCUUCAGGUUCUAGUUGACGAUGGACUGAUUGAGACGGAAAAAGACGGUGGCCUGGUCUACUUCUGGUCCUUUCCGGGCAAUGUGACCAAUGUCCUGCUGAAGAAAGUCGAGCAGAAGAAAACAAGGCUGCAGGAAUCGCAGAAAAGAAUGGACGCCCUGACGGAGAAAAAACGCGCCCUGGGAGAAAGCGAGAAGGGUGCUGCUGAGCGAGAUGAAAAGCUUGCCAUUCUGAAAGAGCUCAGGACCAAGGUCACCGAGCUGGAGCAGGAGGUGCGGGAGCUGCAAGAAAACGACCCUGAAACCUGCGAGAUAUACAAAGCUGCCGCCAACAGAUGGGCGGACAAUGUGGACUCUACAGUGUCUUGGCUGAGGGACAAAUUCGGACUGGAGUCUGCCGCAUUGCAUAAGCAAUUCCGUAUCCCUGCAGAAUUUGAGUACUUUGAAUGAGUUUUGAAUCAAUUUUUUAUUUUAUUUCGGUAUUAAAAAAUAACGAAAUGAAUAAUUUUCUCUGGAAGGAUCUCACAUUAUGGUUAUUAACCCAAGCUGUACGCAACUAA